UUCAUUCCGGGCUUAGAGCUGGGACUAGCGGCCGCUCCGCCCGUCCUGCCGUGCUGUUCCCGGCGGAGCGAUGACACCUGCCGGACACUGGAUGGGCAUCAUAUUUCUCUUCACCUUGUUCUCAGCAUUUGAUGCCCAGUCUUGGAUGAACACACCCAAAUUUCCAGAUACCUAUCAUGUUACAGGAAUUCUGUCAUUGCCAUUCGCUGAGAUUAAAGAGCCAUUCGAAGCUUGGUACAACCUGUCUGGAAACGUCAGCCGCAUUGAAUACUACCAUGGUCAGGUUAUAACCUUACAGCAUGGGUUCGAAAAGCCAGCUGGAAUUAGUUACAAGAUUUCUCCAGAGACUACAGAAACGGAGAUAAAUGUUAUCAAAUGCUUCCAAAUAAAUGGAACUGUUGACGAUCCUAUCUUUCCACAGUCAGUCUUUCCAAACUUGAAGGGUUUUAAGUUUAUUAAGGAAGAGGACUAUAAAGGACAACAUUGCAGUGUGUGGCAGAACAUUAUUUACAAAAAUGAAAAGAAGAACAAUUACACCAUUUGGAUCACCAAUUCUACAAAUGGUCCCAUUCCAGUCCAUUAUGAAAUGAAGGGGUAUAAUACGUUGUUUGGAUCCCAUUAUGACGAAUAUGAAUUAGAUUAUGGGACUGUGCACUUUGACAUGGACUCAAAUAUCUUCGAACUUCUUGAAGGUUUGCCUUGUGAAGGAUUUACCGGUCCUGAAGUAGAACACAGAAUCCUGGCAAAUCCCAUUCAGGAUUUAGUUACCACAGAUAAGGAAGAGCAGGCUCAUCGUUUGUUUCAGCAUUACAAGGAGACGUUUAAUAGAGACUAUGAGACAGAUGAUGAAGAGCAUGAUUUGAGAAGAACCACAUUUACUCACAAUGUGAGGUACAUCCAUUCAAUGAAUCGAGCAAACCUUACUUAUAAAUUGGAAGUUAACCAUCUAGCGGACCGUACUGUGGCUGAGACAGCAGCAAUGAGAGGACGGCUGAAGAGAACCUUACAAGAUAUUGGGCAGCCUUUUCCGACAGAUCAGUACAUAUCCAUUGUUGUCCCUCUGAGUGUAGACUGGAGACUGUACGGAGCUGUGACCCCUGUCAAAGAUCAGGCUGUUUGUGGCUCCUGUUGGAGUUUUGCAGCAACUGGUGCUAUAGAAGGAGCACUUUAUCUCAAGACAGGAAACUUAGUUCCUCUUUCCCAGCAAAUGUUGAUGGAUUGUACCUGGGGCUUUGGAAACCGUGGGUGUGAUGGUGGAUUGGAAUGGCAGACAUUUGAAUGGAUCAUGAAACAUGGUGGAAUCGCUGAUGCAGAAUCGUACGGCUCUUACAUGGGACAGAAUGGAUUCUGCCACUAUAAUCAAUCCACACUUAUAGCCAAGCUGAAGAGUUACACCGGGGUCACUUCAGGAGACACAGCAGCAUUAAAAAUGGCCAUCUUUAAAAAUGGCCCAGUUGCUGUUGGGAUCGAUGUUGAACCUAAAUCCUUUCUGUUUUACAGCAGUGGGGUCUAUUAUGAGCCAAAUUGUGGAAAUGACCUGAAAGAUUUGAAUCAUGCUGUGCUCGCAGUUGGUUUCGGAACACUGGCUGGUCAGCCAUACUGGCUAAUUAAAAACUCCUGGUCAACCUACUGGGGAAAUGAUGGAUAUAUACUGAUGUCCAUGAAAGACAACAACUGUGGAGUUGCAACAGAUGCAUUUUAUGUCACCCUGGAGUAACUACAUAAAAAGAUGUAUGGACAUUUGAUGCAUACUGUUUCCUCAAAUACAUUAUCAUUUAAUCAGAAAUUAUUAUUACAUAGAUAAUUGCAAAACCCUUGUCAGCGUGAAGUGUAAUAACCAAAUACAAAUGCAUUAAUAAUCAAUAAAGUUUAAUCUUUAAUUUAUUUCCAUGCUUUUCUGAACUGUGAACUCUUAAAAACUAUUGUGCAUGUCGUUGCAGAGUGCUCAUUUUUCAUUACUGAUGGAAGAGAAGCACAUUGGCACAUAAUCUGUGAUUUGCAGAUGUAAUAUCUCUUAUGCUUCAUGUUGGAAAACAUUUGUCCUAAUAAAUCAUUGCAGAAUUC